AUGGCCCCCUCGAGGCCGAUAGUCCUUCGUUUCGAGAGCCGUAACGGCCAGUUCAGAUUAACGGUCAGCCCGUCUGAAUUGUUCACCGAGCUCAGUGCAAAGAUCGCAGAGCAUCUCCCCGAAAACACAGACCCCAACUCGAUCGUUCUAUCAAAUAAGCCUAUCGGUGUCGGUGGUCAAGAGCGAUUAUUGAGUAGUCUGGAUGGAGUCUCGAUAGAGAGAGUCGGCUUGUCUCACGGAGACAAACUAUUUCUAGGAUAUCAGGAAAAGUCUUCACUUUCAAACGGUGCACCACGCGCACAACCUCCGACCGGAGUCACGACCGAAUCGCGACGUCUCAACGGAGCUGCCGUACCUCAGUCUACAGUUUCUCUACCCCCACGACCGACAUCGCCAUCCGCCAUUAUCCAAAACCCAUGGGAGGUGGUCGAGCAAUCUGCUCUUGACAACGCUUUGGACAAGAAGGAUGGGAAAAUUCCACGGCCUCGAGACAUCAAAAUGUGCAGACACGGACCCAAGGGUAUGUGCGACUAUUGCAUGCCGUUGGAACCCUAUGCUCCGGAGUAUCUGGGCGACAGGAAAAUCAAACACCUCUCCUUCCACUCCUAUCUACGAAAGAUCAAUUCAUCUACGAAUAAACCGGAGUUGAAGAGCUCUUAUAUGCCGCCGUUGAGUGAACCAUACUAUCGUGUCAAGCGAGACUGUCCCUCGGGACAUCCACAGUGGCCUGAAGGCAUUUGCACAAAAUGUCAGCCAAGUGCUAUCACCUUGAAACCUCAGGAAUUCCGCAUGGUGGAUCACGUCGAAUUUUCGUCACCGAGUUUGAUCAACGGGCUUCUAGACUUUUGGCGGAAAUCUGGUACUCAGCGAUUGGGAUACCUAUACGGCACCUAUGAGGAGUACACCGAAGUACCCUUGGGCAUCAAGGCAGUCGUUCAGGCGAUCUACGAACCCCCCCAGGUGGAUGAGGUCGACGGUAUUACACUCAAUGAAUGGACAAAUGAAGCAGAAAUAGACGAGGUUGCCCAGCUGUGUGGAUUACAGAGGGUUGGCGUGAUUUUUACUGACCUCCUCGAUACCGGGAAGGGUGAUGGGUCGGUUAUCUGCAAACGCCACGCUGAUUCAUACUAUCUCUCAUCACUGGAAAUAGUGUUCGCUUCUCGACAACAAGCGCAGCACCCCAAAGCAACGAAAUGGAGUGAGACGGGACGCUUCGGGUCAAACUUUGUCACUUGUGUUUUGAGCGGUGACGAGAAUGGGGCUAUUGCAGUCAGUUCGUACCAAGCAUCAAACUCUGCUGUGGAGAUGGUAAGAGCGGAUAUUAUCGAACCCUCGGCCGAUCCAUCUGUCAUGCUUGUCCAAUCUGAGGACGAUGACGACCUAGGUAGCAAAUUACGAUAUAUUCCCGAGGUCUUUUACCGCAGGAUCAACGAGUAUGGCGCCAACGUACAGGAAAAUGCGAAACCCAGUUUCCCCGUGGAAUAUCUUUUGGUUACACUGACACACGGAUUUCCCACGGAAGAGUCUCCUACAUUUGUGGACAGUACAUUCCCAAUAGAGAACCGAGAAGUUAUCGGCGAGAGCCAGGAACUGCGAACUUUGGCAAAGAAGUUGGUAGCCCAUGGCGACCCGAACAAAGCCAUUCGCGCAGUGUCCGACUUUCAUCUCCUUGCUUUCCUUCGAGGAUUGGGAACUUUCAAUGCGGAAGAGGAAAAACUUCUCUGCCGUGUGGCUACCACUCACGACCCUGCAGAAGGCAUGCAACUCGUGAACACUAGUGGAUGGGCAACCCUUGUCGCAAUUCUUCAGGAGAGUGGGCGCUAG